CUUCUUCCUCCAUUCCCACUCCCUCAAUCUCUCUCCUUCUUCUCAAUCUCUCCCACCGCUUUUCAAUGGCUUCCAACACCUUGAUGAGCUGCGGCAUUGCCACCACCGCCUUCCCCUCCGUCCUCUCCUCCUCCAAGUCUAAGUUCGCCGCCGCAGUCCCAAUUUCCGGCGUUGGCGCCAAUGCCUCCUCGCGCUUCUCCAUGUCCGCCGAAUGGAUGCCCGGCCAGCCCCGCCCGCCGUACCUCGACGGCUCAGCCCCCGGUGAUUUUGGCUUUGACCCUCUUCGGUUGGGAGAAGUGCCAGAGAAUCUCGAGAGGUUCAAGGAGUCUGAGCUGAUUCACUGCAGAUGGGCCAUGCUUGCUGUUCCAGGGAUUUUGGUACCAGAGGCGUUGGGUUUGGGCAACUGGGUGAAAGCUCAGGAAUGGGCAGCAGUUCCAGGAGGCCAAGCUACCUACUUGGGGCAGCCAGUUCCAUGGGGAACUUUGCCCACCAUUCUGGUCAUUGAGUUCCUUGCCAUUGCCUUUGUAGAGCACCAGCGCAGCAUGGAGAAAGACCCUGAGAAGAAGAAGUACCCUGGUGGUGCUUUCGACCCAUUGGGCUACUCAAAGGACCCUGAAAAGUUGAAGGAAUACAAAGUCAAAGAGAUAAAAAAUGGACGGCUAGCGCUGUUGGCUUUUGUUGGGUUCUGUGUGCAACAAUCGGCAUACCCAGGAACAGGGCCAUUGGAGAACUUGGCAACUCACUUGGCUGACCCAUGGCACAACAACAUUGGCGACAUUAUCAUCCCCAGAAAUAUUUCGCCUUGAAUUUUGUACUAAAUCAUACCAAUUUGUAAUUAAAUUUCUGUGUACUCAAUCUAAAUCUAAACUCAAGGGUUUCCCUCUCUAUAUGGCUUGGUAUUUGCUGUGUAGCUUGAUAUUCACCUUCAUUUUUGUGCUUGGAGUUCCAUCGGAAGAGGAGGAAAAAAAAAAAAGAAGCAUCAUUUAGUUUAAAGUUCCA